GCCAUCUUGAAAAGUACCCAGUGAGGGUGUAUGUUUUCGCGCCUGUCAGUGUUUCUUGUCAACACUUUAUUUUUUUUUCCCCUCCAUCCCUCCCCGCGUGUCGGUGCCGUUUUAUUUUGGUGGCAGUUUUAGCUUGGCGUUCCGUGAGCUUCAUGUCGGGCUCUGGCAGUAGACAGCUCCUAAUCGGUGUGUGUUGAGUGUGUGUAGCUGGGGCAGAGGUGUUGACUGCAAGCUGCAUGCAAGCUGUUCGUUAGGACGUUCCUCCUGCCUGCAGUGCCUGGAAUGGGCCAGACAUCCCAGAGAGUUGAAGCAUUCUUUUCUUUUUAAUCAGAGAUUUUACCCUCUGAGCCCUGUAUUGCUCAGAAGCACCAUGUUUUGGAAGUUUGACCUGCACACGACGUCGCACAUCGACACGCUACUGGACAAGGAGGACGUGACCCUGACGGAGGUCAUGGACGAGGAGGACGUUCUGCAGGAGUGCAAAGCCCAGAACCACAAGCUAGUGGACUUUCUUGUGCGGCCACAGUGCAUGGAGCACCUGGUUGACUUCAUCACCCAGGAACCCAGCCAGGACAUGGAGGAGAAGAUCAAAUACAAGUAUCCCAACAUCUCGUGCGAGCUCCUCACCUCAGAUGUCGGGCAGAUCAAUGACCGGCUGGGUGAAGAUGAGGGUCUCCUCCUGAAGCUCUAUGGGUUCCUGCAGAGUGAGCCCCCUCUCAACCCUCUGCUGGCCAGCUUUUUCAGCAAAGUCCUCAGCAUCCUCAUCGGCAGAAAGCCAGAGCAGAUUGUGGAGUUCUUGAGGAAAAGGGAGGACUUUGUGGAUCUCAUGAUCAAACACAUAGGAACCUCGGCCAUCAUGGACCUUCUUCUCAGGAUGCUCACCUGCAUUGAACCUCAACAGCUUAGACAAGACGUUUUAAAUUGGUUGAAUGAGGAGAAAGUGAUCCAGAGGUUAGUGGAUAUGGUCCAACCCUGCCAGGAUGAGGACAGACACUCGAAUGCGUCGCAGUCGCUCUGUGAGAUAAUUCGCCUCAGUAGGGAUCAGAUGUUUCAGGUACAAGGCUCCUCCGAGCCCGACCCCUUGCUGGCCACUCUGGAGAAACAGGAGACUGUAGAGCAACUUCUCUCCAACAUCUUCGACAAAGAGAAGAAUGAGUCUGCCAUAGUCAGCGUCAUCCAGAUUCUCCUCACCCUCUUUGAGACCAGGAGACCAGCGUUUGAGGGCCACCUGGAGCUCUGUCCUCCCGGCCUCAACCACGCGUCUUUCUCUGUCAAUCAGAGCAUCCUGGAGGCAGUCCGACCCAGGCUGAAGGAUUUCCACCAGCUCCUGCUCGAGCCUCCAAAGAAAACCCCACUGAAGACCACGUGGGGGUUGCUGGACCCCCCGGUGGGAAACACGCGCCUUAACGUGGUGAGACUGGUAGCCAGUCUCCUGCAGACCAGUAACCACAUCAUCAACCAGGAGCUCAUCAACCUGAACCUGCUGGGGGUGAUGCUUGAUAUGUACUUCAAAUACAUCUGGAACAACUUCCUACACAUACAAGUGGAAAUCUGUACCGCCAUGGUCUUGGCCAUGCCUCCAACCCAGAGUGACACUGAUAUUAACCGGGACGAAGACAAGGAGCAGCUCAGAGAAAACAUCCUCAUCACACACCUCUUUCAGAAGUGCAGGUUGAUCCAGAGAAUCCUGGAUGCGUGGAGCUCCAACGAGAAGGAGCAGGCAGAGGGGGGGCGCCGAAGAGGUUACAUGGGUCACCUGACCAGAAUAGCUAACUCCAUAGUGCACAACAGUGACAAGGGUCCUAAUGGCACUCAGAUCCAGCAGCUUAUUUCAGAGCUCCAGGAGGAUGAGCGGGAGCGAUGGGAGUCCUUCACGUCCGGGCAGCUAGCUGACAUAAACAAGAAGAACACUGUAGACUUAGUUAACACGCAUCACAUUCACUCGUCCAGUGAUGACGAGGUAGAUUUCAAGGACAGUGGGUUUCACCACGACUCUUCCCUGCAACAGGCCUUUUCUGAUUAUCAGAUGCAACAAAUGACGUCCAAUUUUAUUGAGCAGUUUGGCUUCAACGAUGAAGAGUUUGCCGAUCAGGACGAUGUUGUGGAUAUUCCCUUUGAUAGAAUAUCAGACAUCAAUUUUUCCUUGAAUACAAAUGAAAGUGCGAACAUGGCCCUGUUUGAGGCCUGCUGUAAGGAGAAAAUCCAGCAGUUUGAGGAUGCAGGCUCAGACGAGGAGGACAUCUGGGACGAGAAAGACGUAACGUUUCCUCCUGAAGCACAGAGACGUCCAAGGAGUGCAGGCAGCACAGACAGUGAGGAGAGUACAGACUCGGAGGACGAGGACGUGAAGCGCGAUCCAUUUGAGGCAGCGAAUACUGCUGCUGAUGACCGCAUGGAGGUGGACAGUGGGGAGGGACCUGUGUGGACAGCCAGCUUUGAUGACAUCCCCAUGGAUACGGGGGGCGUGUCUGCCCCAGCCCUCUCCUCUCCUGGUUCUUUGACUGAACCUGCAGCCUGGAACUCUCCUACCAACACCGUAGCCACGGAGACCGGCUGGGCAGACUUCUCCAGCUUCACACCCGUCAGCCCCAAAGACCCUCUGAGGAGCAACUCCCCGGUAGCCAUGGAGACGAGUGUGGAGACGAUGGACCCUCUAGGUGUGAAUGCACCCGCAGGGGCAGGGCAGUGGCCCAGUGACGAGCAAGCCCAGCCGCCCGUCUCCAUCGGGGGCGGGUCUGACGUGGAGGAGGAGUCACCCGGUGACCGCAUCACGGAGACGGUCACCAAUGGCUCCAUGAAGGAGACACUUAGCCUUACUGUAGAUGCCAGAACCGAAACUGCUGUUUUCAAGAGGGUGUUGAAGUCGUAUCGCGAGGAGGGGACGCGAGCUACCUCUGAAGAUGUGGUGGGAGACGCAGAGAGCGACAGGGCUGCGUCCGCGCUGACCACUAGCAACUGUCAGAAAUCGGGUGCAAAGCACUUAGAAGAGAAAACCAGGGGGGCGUGGGAGGGUCUCAACGGCCCCGUAGAGAGUACAGCUCACAUGGAGGAAGCCAAAACAGAGCAGGUGUCCUCACCUGACGCUGCGGUCAACGGCCCUGUCUGAGGCGUCUGCCCCUGCCACACAUGCUCCCACUCCUAGGGGGCGCCAGCCGGCCGACAGCGCCGCCCCCGCCGGCACCGAACCAACUCCACCAGAUCAGGACCAGCAAUAUUAACAUUAGACAGCUGUACAGAGGACGGGAACUGUCUGAAGAGAAACCUCCGCGGAUGGAUUCUGUCCCCCCCCUUUGCCCUGCAUUCGUUUAUAUACUAUUGUUCUAAUGAGGUGAUCUGUCUAUCUUGCCAUUCAAAGUUAAUAGAAAUGUUGCUAUAGUUAAAAAAAAGAUUGUAUGAAUAAAAAAUAUUUUAUAAAAAACAAAAAAAAAAGCAAGACCAAUGUAUACAGAAUCAAGAUUGUGACCCAGACUGAUCGGAACAGGCCCUGUGACCAAAAGAGAAGUGUGUUUUUGAUGAGAUUUCCUGCACAAAAUCUGCUAUUUGAUUCCCCAGCCAAGCCGUGGCAACCCCCAGCACGUGCAGUGGCCAUGCGGUGGUCUGUGUGAGACUUUAGGGAUGUGGUUUUAAUAUUCAGAUGGUUUAUUUUGCAACAGCUAUUAUUUGUAAAUUCUUUUUUGUUUUUGUUUUUUCUUUCUCCCCCAAGAGCAAGAUCUGAAAGGUGUUUUUGUUUGAUAAACUUGAUACCGUCGGGUGUGACCCGUGCCGUUUAAGAGCCCUGGAUCAACCCCCUCCCUCACGUGGUGUUUUAUCUGCGCAUGGCUCAUCGCACGGGACUCAGCCGGAUUCCAGUGGCAUGUAGCUCACGACUGUAAACUUGCUUUCAGACAUGUGAAGAAAAAAAAAAAAUACUAGCUCAAUUUUUACAACUUUUUCUUUCCACACAACUCAACUUUUCUACCUGGAGCAUGCUGGGACUGCGAGUUUCUCGUGCUCAUGCUUCAUUCAUAUUUACCAGGUUGAUUUUCCCCUUUUCUUUUUUUAAAUAAAAUGCUCUCUGUGCCAGCAACACAAGGGAGGGUUUUUCUUUCCUGCA